CUUUCAUUUGAUUAAAGUCUACUCAUUUUCUUAUCUAUCGCACAACUCUCGCUUCUGCUCUUGCUUCUCCCGUCGUCAGUCGUCACCAUUCGAUUACGGGAGUGUAAAUGGCUCUUAUACAAUUUGGAAGUUCAUGUGUUGCUCAAUGGGGGAUUCUUCGUCCUCAGUUUGCAGUAAAAGCUUACUAUCCAAGCAGAUUGGAAUCUCACCAGGACAAUUCCAUCAGCCAAAUAAAUUGUUUGGGAGCUUCAAGGUCGACUAUGUUUUCGCAUGGCUCCUUGCCCUUCUUGUCAUUGACGGGACAAUCCCGAAAUACACAUUCUCGUAGAGGAGCUCGUUUCACUGUUAGAGCUGAUACUGAUUUCUAUUCUGUCCUUGGAGUCUCAAAAACUGCAACCAAAGCUGAGAUUAAAAGCGCUUAUCGGAAGCUCGCUAGGAGUUACCAUCCGGACGUGAACAAGGAUUCUGGGGCAGAAGAUAAAUUCAAAGAAAUAAGUAAUGCUUAUGAGAUCUUAUCAGAUGAUGAGAAAAGAUCCCUAUACGACAGAUAUGGUGAAGCAGGAGUUAAAGGCGCUGGAAUGGGAGGCAUGGGGGAUUACAGUAACCCAUUUGAUCUAUUCGAGUCAUUAUUCGAAGGAAUGGGUGGGAUGGGAGGAAUGGGAGGUGGAAUGGGUAGUAGAGGUUCAAGAAGCAGAGCUGUCGACGGUGAAGACGAGUAUUACUCGCUAAUCUUGAAUUUCAAAGAAGCCGUUUUUGGUGUGGAGAAAGAGAUUGAGACAUCACGGUUAGAGAGCUGCGGGACUUGCAAUGGUUCAGGCGCAAAAGCGGGAACCAAACCGACCAAAUGCAAAACAUGCGGCGGACAAGGACAGGUGGUAGCGUCGACGAGGACACCUCUCGGUGUAUUCCAACAAGUCAUGACUUGCUCUCCAUGCAACGGAACAGGAGAGACUUCAAAGCCAUGCAACGCUUGCUCAGGAGAUGGACGUGUGAGAAGGACGAAAAGGAUUAGUCUCAAAGUUCCUGCAGGUGUGGAUUCAGGUAGUAGGUUAAGAGUAAGAGGAGAAGGGAACGCAGGGAAGAGAGGAGGAUCACCUGGAGAUCUUUUUGCGGUUAUUGAGGUGAUUCCGGAUCCGAUUCUGAAGCGGGAUGAUACGAAUAUUCUUUAUACGUGUAAGAUAUCGUAUGUAGAUGCGAUCUUGGGGACGACUUUGAAGGUUCCAACGGUUGAUGGGAUGGUGGAUUUGAAAGUACCGGCGGGGACACAACCGAGCACGACGCUGGUAAUGGCCAAAAAAGGAGUUCCGGUUUUGAAUAAGAGUAAGAUGAGAGGUGAUCAGUUAGUUAGAGUACAAGUUGAGAUUCCUAAGCGAUUGAGCAAAGAAGAGAAGAAACUUGUUGAAGAACUUGCUGAUAUGAGCAAGAACAAGGUAGCUAACAGCAGGAGAUAAGACAACACAGAAGCAGUGAAAUUGUGGUAUUAUAUAGGAUUCAUCAUCCUUUUGCGUGUGAUCUUUCUAUUGGUUCUUAUGGUGAUGGAGAAGGCACAAGCAAGAGGAGGAAGAAAGACGUAUUAGAUGAGAGGAAAAUUGAAGAACUCU